CUUUUCAGCGUCUUUGCUGGGCGAUCAAACAAAAAAGCACGUAAACAAACAAAUUGCUGCAAGAUGAAGCAUUGCAGCGCAUUGCAAAGUUAUUCGACGCGCUCUCGCACAUCGAUAUUAAACACAGCAAACAAACAACAAUAAUACACAGAAAUCAAACUUUGGAGCUAUAAACAAAACGCUCAGCAAUUGGCGCUGAGUUGACGUGUGAGCGAAAUGAGCGUCAAAUGGUGUUUGCGCCAACCGUUUGGACUACGUCCACUUUGGAUAUCAGCGGCGUUUUGGCCUCGGCAAAUCAUUUGAGUGUGAACAUCGGAGUUGAGCGGUUGUGUUUACUUGCUUUUGCGCGCGCGUGUGCAAUUUUCCAAACACUGCUUUUUUCGAAAUACAACCAAUGAAAGAGCAUACACCCAUAGCCACGCGUAGUGCAGUGUAUAAGUAUGUUUUCUAAAAAAGUUUAAAGCAGUAAAACUGCCUAUUUGCGAGUUGCGGUGUUUAUUUUCGAAACGAAAUCGAAAGCGAAGUGUUGUGCGCUUACAAAACAGAAAAACGUGUGGAAUUUGUUGUUCAUUGGAAAAGCUAAAAAUUUUACUGUUAUAGAAAAAACGCAUUGAAUAAGCAAAAAAAUUAACCCAAAAAAAAAAUAAGAAAAAUAAUACGUACUAAGUCACAUAUAGCAUAAUAAAAUGAGCCAAAAUGCGUACGAACAAACCGAAAAUGGAAAGUGUCAAUUGUUAACGUUUUUGUUUGAUAUUGUAACCGUUUAAAGCGGUGCUCGUGUUACAGACACACUUAUGCACUGAAACUGUAAAUAUAAUGCGAAAAUCGCAACGAAAACAAAUAUUGAAAAUUAAAUAAGCAAAAAAGAAUUAAAUAUGCCGGAAUGCUGCAAGUUAUGAAAGAGAUUUUAUUUUUUAAAAGCUUUAAAGUGAAAAUAUCAAAAUUAUUAAUUUUUACAUAAUCAAACAACUUCAAGCUGAAAGAUAUUUUCCGCACUAAACUUAAUAGUCAACAAAAAAAUCAAUCGUUAAGCAACUGUUUUAUUUCAACACAUUUAUGCAGGGAAAUAGUUUUUGAAACUCAAUACACCAGCGGUUCAAUCACUCAAAUUGACGCUUGUGAAAUUUGUUAGCAUUUUUCUACGAAAUUGUCGCCAUAAAGGUCAAAGCGUUUCAAAGCAUUUAACGAGGUAAAUUUGACAUUAAUUGGAAGAAACGGCAGCCAAAACUGCGAAGCGCAUGGCGCCCAGACAUUAACGCCGCGCUACGGACUACAAACCGACAAGUGAACAAUCAAAAUGGGCGCAUGGAAUGUCAGCAGGCAAUUGCGAAACACUCAAAGCCAAACAAAAGCGGUAAAAACCACCUGUAUAUAGAGGGUAAUCAACAAGCACAAAACUGUAAAAAGACAUACAUAUGUACGCAUACAUAUAAAAGCAAAUUUUUCGAAACUAGUAGCGCUGGUGAAAGAACAAGCAAACGAAAAUUGCACUUUAAAAUUUAAUUAAGAGCAAGUUUAAAUUACUCGCUUGAACUUCAUUUGAAGCAGCAGAGAAGAAGCAUACAACAAUUAUUAAACAAUAAUUUUUGGUUGUAAUAUUCAGCAUUAUUAAUAACAAUAACAAAAAUGAUACCAAUUUCGCCAAUCACACUUUAUCAGGCGCUCAUAUUGGCACUGAUUACACAAAGCUUCGCAGGCGUUCUGCCACACACACCACUGCGACGACACUUCAGUCGACGUGCAAUCGAUGACGCCACGCGAAGUUUGGAAUUCACAACGAGUGUCCAUGACAUUGCAGCGACAACAGUUACUGAACCGACUGAUCCGAGCACGAGCAUAAGCGGCGAUGAAGUAGGCUUGAUAAGCAAAUCAGCAGAAGGCGAGAGUGGCAACGCGAACGCAAACGCAAGUGCCAGCGUCUUCGAAACCGCCGGUAGUAAAAGUGAAAAUAUACAAUCGGUGAAAAGCAUGAAGUUACUGCCCGCGUUGGGUAAUCACGAUGUGAACACAGGUGAGCACAAGCCAGGCGAAACGUUGGUGCUAAAUCGAGUAGAAAGUCUUGAAGCGGAGAACACUAAGGAGAUGAUGAAAGAAAGUGAGAUGAAGGUAAAAGAAUUGAUAUCUAAUGUCUCUACAGGGCAUCAUGCUGCAAGUGAGGUCACAAAUAAGCCAGUGGACAUGCGACAGUUGAGCGAAGAACAGAAAGAAUUGAAUACCGCGCAUGUACAACACGUUUUUAGUCAAGCUGAUAAGUGGUUGGGUAAGCCGCUGCCAACUGUAGACUUAGAAAAACAUAUCAAUAAUGGUUUGGAUGAAAUAACGUUACGGGAGAAUGAGGCACGACAGGUCAACGCCGAUUCUAUAGAUGAUAAAACUGAGCAGCCAGCAACAACAGAGGAAAUCUUAAAAGAUUUGGAAGAUAUCGCUGUGAAGCUUAACAUGCCAACUACGAGUCGCACUGAGGAUGUCAAUAGCAUGUCUAAAAGUAAUAUUGAGAGUGGGCACGAUGCUUUUAGUUUAGAAGAAUCAAUGGGUGCUGCGCAUAGUAGCGAAAAUAAAUUAGAAGUGGCUUUUGGAGAAAAUCCUAAGGGCGACAAAAUUAAAACAACAAAAAAUUCUAUAUUAGAAACAAAAACAAAUGAUGAAAGAGAUACCAAAGUUUCUGAAGAAAGUGGCAGUGAUGUCCAUUCCAAUCAACAAAGAUCGUUUGCAGAAAUAAAUAAAAAUCUGAAGGAAGAAAACUUAAAGAUAAAUAAAGCCCCAGAGACUGAAACGGAAUCUUUUGUUGUUAAAGUAACGCAGCCUACAGUGACAAAGGAAGAAUCUCAAGCAAAUUGGCAUAUCAAUAACACUUCCUCAGCCGAGAAACGAGCAAAAUUCUUUAAUGAUAAUUCAACGAGCCCCCAAAUGAACCUACCCGAUGGACCAGAGGUUUGGUCAUUGGCAGGCAUGAGAAUGGUGCCCAAAGCACCGAAUAUAAAUGGUACUACUUUGUUAGACAACAAAAGCACAGAUCUUCGUUGGCAAGUAAAUGAAAUUUUAACCACCGAGCGAACGAUGAAUGUGAGUAAUUACAGUGAGAAAAAUUUGUUAGAUUGGACCAAUGUGAUGGGAAUGCGCAGCGAAUUGGAAUCCGGGGAUACAGUUGGAAAAAAUCUGCUGACAGGAAAUGCGUUGGAGGAGGAUAAAAUUACUUCAGUGAAGAGCCCAAAGACUGAGUUACCUCUUCAAAUGGCUGAAAAAUGGGAAACAGAUGGACUUUCUAAGACCAACGCUAGCGUAGAGAACAUAACUGCAACUCAUCAGACUACCGAAGGGUUUGCGGUAUUCAAUAUCGGACCCGAAUUUAGUGCCACGCAAACAAUGAAUGAAAUUGAUACCACUCACACAAUGCCUACAAUUACCACCAAACCGCCCAGCACACAAACAAAACUUUCAAGCGACUUAUCAAUUGAUAACAACGAUAAGCGCGCUGAUUUCAUGAGUACCGUUGCGACAGCUGGCAUUGGAGAGCCGCUAAAUGAGUUUUCGGCGAUGGCAACUGAAUCAUCGGCACUGCUCACGAAUGCUGAGAAAGCAAGUGUGGAAAAAUUCAACGCGACUGAGGUGAGUAGUACGCAACGGCAGCCAAGCGAAGAUUUCAAUUUCAUUAUUACGUCAACGACGCCAGUGGCACUGUUGGACGUAGCUGCUGGCGCAGCGACAGCAAUGCCAAUAUCAAAUGAAACAACUACAACACAAACGCCAACUACUACAACAAUGAUAACGGCGCUCCCAGUUGAGCAGUCAACCUCGACGACAACAACGACGACACCACCCCCGAGCGACGUCAGCGAAGCACCAACGCGUUGGGAUAAUGCAACGGCACUGGAAGCGCAACCUGAGACGACAGAAGCUACGCUACUGAGUAAUGUUGAUGCAGGCAUUAGCAGUGCAAAUGUUGAUAUGAGCAGCGGAGAUGGCAUGCACAAUGUUACACUUGAGCAGCAUUUGAAACGAGAACCCGAAACUGUAACCGACACUGCGAAUGCGACCGAGGAGCAAGCUACAUUGCUAACAGUUAGUGAGCAAUCGACUAGCGAAGCGAACAGACCGACGACUGCAAGCGAUCAAAAAUCGUAUGUGAACGCGAAUGCGAGUGUGGAUACGGUCGAGGGUAUUGCGACGCAAAACGAAACCCCAAGCGUUACCACGGAAACUACCACAGAAAGUAGUUAUAUUACAGCAACAGCAACAAUUACUUUAAUAAACACUACGGUACUGUCAACCGAUUUGGUAGAAACAAAUGCUAAUGCAAAAACAAGUGAAGUGCUUGCCAUAACAACAGUACCAACAACAACGGAAGCUACCCAAAUUGGUAAUGAAGUAGAAUUAGAAGUACACACGGAGAACAUUGCGGACACAGCGGAGGGAUCCACCGACGCAACGGCUGCAACGACGUUGAAUAGCGAUACAGGUUCAAGUACAAUUGAAAAGCUAGAAGAGACGGUGACGAACUUCGGCGAGGCAAACAAAACAACAAUAACUGUGUCGUCCAUAAAUGACUUAUUAGUGCCAGUGAACAGAACAACAGACACAACCACACCAUCGCCAAGCACAACGGAAUUGCCAAUUACGACGCCACCAACGCAAUUAGCAGUGGAACCAGUUUUAUAUGCGGCAACAACCCUUAAAAGUGACGAAAACGUAAACGCAGAAACGACGACUACAAUAAUCCCACUGGAAAUAACAACACUACAAGCAAAUGGGUCAGUGCUCGAGAGUAGCACUACUACCACCAAUAAGUUAACACCUGUCGAUUUUCUAAAUCACACAACAGUUGCAGAGGGCACACAUGACACAGAUGGUUCAAUCGAAACGAAUGUCAUCGAUCAACUGGCCAAGACGACAGUGAAAAUAACUAGCACAACUACCUCAGCACCAACCACUACUACCAAUUUAGGGGUCGCCAAAGUCGACGGUGGUGAAAAAAGCUCAACUGAAGCGUCUCACAUUGUGUCAACAUUUGACGUGAGCAAUGAAACGACAUUGCCCAGUAUGCGGGACGGAGAAUCAGCAACAGCUAUCAGUACAAGCAGCACCACAAUGGCUACGAUAGCCACAAAUCCGGACGGCACUCCAGUGCCACAAAUAACUGGAGUAAAUAACACAAGUAGUGUCACCACAACCACUGAACCACCUCUUAUUAAUCUGCUCGAUGAAUCGACGACGGCAGCAUAUACGACCCCAACAUCUAUAUUAAAUCAACCGCCAACCAUUACCUCCAGUAUGGCUGUGAAUCCACAAGAAGUGUACACAGUAUUCUCUACAACUGAAGAAUCCACCAGCACCAGCAACAGUACUGCCGCUAUAGCUCCACUCGUGCCAAUCAUAACCACCACAAGUCGUGCUAGUCCACCCGUUGACACCUCAACAUAUGCACAUAUUCCCAAAGUGGCCAGUACGAUUGCCACUCUAACAACAACGAUGUUACCUCCCACAUUGCACGCCGCCAUUGGGGGUGGAAAUAGCGCCGUCACCCCUAAUCAUGUGCCGGGUAUGAUCAAUGCCGGUAUGCGUCCGAACUCCAACGAUGCCAAUGAGACAGAUGUGAAUGUCAUCAUUGCCAUUACGGUGAGCAUAAUCGGUGUUGUGGCGUUAAUAUUGCUUGUCGCUUUUCUCUAUUUAAUGCGUAAGCGCCAGAAGCAAAUGUCCUACGGUCAACGUUGCCGACCAGUUAGUUUAGACGCCUACAGUCUGGACAAUGUCUCUGUUUUGGGCAGUGUACGACGUAAGGGUGCUCUGCGCGCCUCAAAACGCUCCUAUGGCAAUAUUGCAUUCGAUGAUCCUUCACUGCGACAUAAUGCGCUUAGUGCCAGUGAAUUGGGCAAGUUUAUAGAACGUCGAUCCAGCAUAUUUGAAGAAUUCAGGGAUGUACCACAAAUUAUUGCGCGCGCAGAUGAAGUACCAGCGGGCUGUGAAGAUAAAAAUCGAUAUGCCAAUGUAAUACCGCUUCCUGAGACGCGUGUCGUACUUCAGCAGCUUGGAGAUGAUGAUAAAACGGAAUAUAUAAAUGCCAAUUAUGUCAGAGGCCCCAAGGACUCACCCAAUUACUACAUAGCCACGCAAGCUCCUCUGGAAACAACAGUUGCCGACUUCUGGCGCAUGAUAUGGGAACAACAAUCACGUGUAAUUAUACAAUCAACCGAUCUCUAUGAGAAUGGUAUCGAGAAGUGUGCCGAAUAUCUGCCACCAUCUGUCACUUUAGACAAUCACACAACAUACGGCGAUUUCCAAAUAACACUUAAACAUCGGGAAGUCAAAGAUAAAUAUGCCAUUUCAACCUUGAUGCUUAAGAAUACAGCCGAGAACAUGUGUCGUGAACUCACGCAUUACUGGUACAAGUGGCCGGAAGCGGGUGUACCCAACGAGGAGGCGCCCAUUAUAGCAAUGUUAUUAGAGGCGCGCUCAUCUCUCAAAGGUUACGUGAACGAAUCGAGAGAGAAAAAUUCAAAUGCAACACUUAAUUCAGAUGGUAACGGUCAUGGUGAUAUAGUCCAUAAUGGUAAUGGUACCAUGGUUAUCACAGUAGACGAUGAUGUAACGAACAAAUUGGGAACGGAACGUGUAAGUGGUGAAGGAAAAGAAAGUGGCGGAAAUGCCGAAAUAAAUGGCAAUGUUUCGAGUGUGGAUAAAAUGAAGAGCACAACGUUGAAGAAUCAAGGUCCCUUAACGAUUCACUGCUCUCCAGGUACUGGACGCACCGGCACAAUUAUCGCCUGUGACAUGGCCAUACGCAGUCUGGAGACACCGAAACGUUCGGUUGACAUUCCACAAAUCGUUUAUUAUGUGCGACGGGGGCGAGCGAGCGCAGUUCAAACCAAGGAACAAUACGAAUUUAUUUACAAGGUGGCACAUAUGUAUGCGACAAAGAUCACAAAUCUAUCUAAUGAUAAUUGAGAUCGCCAGUAACUGAUAAAUAUCAUCGGCUAUAUAAAUCAUCGUCCGAUAUAAAUGCAUAUAUAGUAAAUACAUAUACCCGUACAUUGAAAUUUACAUCUGAUUUUUUUAAAGGAAUAAGUAGUCGCAUUACGCUGCGAGUUUGAAUAUACUUGGUGGGUCGUGUGUCGCCACUCCAGUACCCCACAUAGUCAAAAGAUCUAAUACUAUACUCUUAAUAUAUUUGUAUAAAAACAUAUCUGGUAUAAGUAUGUCAAUUAAAGUAUUUAAAUACUGCUGAUGUAUGUGUUAUACAUAUAUCUAAGUAUCUUGGUGUAUAUACCAUCUAUAUCUACAUAGCUUUCUUCACCUAGUGAAUUUAACUUCUUGCACUUUUGCUCCGCUUCUUUACCCAUAAAUUUGUAUUACUAUGUAUAUAUAAUAUAUCUUUUUUUAAAAGAAAAUUAUGUACAAUUUAUUUUUAUUUGUGGUAUGCAAAUGCGUGCAUUGCCUUAACUAAUAAUUAUACUAUUGAAAAAUAUUCCUCUAUUAUUGUGAUAUAAACAUACAUACAUUUUAAUUACUGUAAAUUAUGUUUUGUUUAAUUAAGUUGUAAAUAAAUAUAAAAUACGAUUAUGUGAAAACGCAGUUGAAUAACCGCAGAAUCAAAUGUAAAAAGUUAAAAGUAAUAAAACUAAUUAUACAUAUUGAGAUAUUAUCUAAAAAAGUUACAAAUAAAACUAUAUGAAUACUUCUGAGAA